CAUUAGGCUGCAAUUUCAUAGCAACUCUGAUUAUAACACGCCCCGUUCCUUCUGACUAGAAGCUACAGCUCCCGGGCACAAACAUGGUGAGAUCGACUAGAUCGGCGCGCUCAGCUGGCCGUCGUCCAACGACGAGAAGCAUGACGGGUCUCGCCACGCGUAGCGUGAGGCCUGGCCUCGUCACCCGCAGCAUGUCGUCGCGAACAGGCACCACUCGUCGCCGUAAGACCCGAAGCGAUCCUGCCACUGCCAUCCAGUUAUGUGGAGGCCGUUAUCGGCAGCGGAAGAGACAAAGCAGUCGCUCUGUUGUUAAUACUGCUUUGCAAUUGGACGAAAGAUCUCGCGUUUCCAAACCUCAGGCCAAGGUAGUGACUGCGCGCCAUGAUACCAGGGUCCGGCGUAAAGCCGGGAACUCCAAAGUCAGGGGCAAGUCCACGAACACCAAAAGGCGCGCCGCGAGCCAGCGAAGCUCGGCCCCCGCAGCCAGACCUGCCCUCGGAAAGCGGCUAGAGAGCAUGGUCCGUGAAAACAAGGAGCUUACUCGCCUGGUCAACGAGUACAAAACAGCUGCAUCUCAACAUCUCCUGAGGAAUCUGGAAGAGAAUUUUGCCUGUCCUCUGUAUGUUAUUUCGUUUUCACUCGAACGGCAAGCUCAAGCCAGCAUUCCAUCGCAUAGUUGUUUCGAGAUAAUCGCGUGCCCGUAUACCCUACGUUCUCCGUCCUGUGGACACACUUUCUGCGCUACAUGCAUCCUAAAGUGGUUCUUCUCCCAUUUGCAUCGCAGCUGCGGGGACUGGCAUGACAUGGUUCAAUGUCCCAUGUGUAGAUGUCCCUUCUCUACACCUGAUCACCAGCCUAGGUCCGAAUACACAUUUCCAUUUAUGCCAAACCGGGCUUUGGACAGCGCCAUCCUGGGCCAGCUUAAAAGUCUGGCAGAUAGUCCAGACGUCAAGUCUUCCCCACCCGUCCCAAAUGCACUGGCUGCUUGGAGUGAGGGAGGGCACUCCAAGCAGGAUUGGAUCAAGAGAGAUAGAGUCGGCAGGAACGAGAUGACAUCCCUUGGCAAGCAAUGGACCACAAUGAAAGCCGUUGAUUUUCGUGAAUUUCAAGAACCGUUUGGACGUCUGAUUGGCGUUUCGGAAGUGCUGAUUUGCUAGGCGAUCUGCUUUCAAUGACUUUUGCAUAUAACAAAGGACGUGUACCAUCUAGUAGAACUAACCUCGUCAUAUAAAACGUGCAUGGUCUCGCCAUGCCGAAGAAAAUCUAUUGCUAUGAUUACUCAAAUUCCGAUAUACUAUGCUAUGAGAGCAGUUGGCCCGAUGUGUAGCGAAGCAGCCCCGGCUCGAAUGUCUCGCAGUGGUACCUGUCACGUUCACUUCCCACCGGUGGUGCCAAGCCCCAUCACAGUCUUACACGUGUCGUAUAUCCACCAUUG